AUGAAAGGCGCGACGCCGUUCCCUGCGGUCCACGUGACGCCGGCCGAAGCGCAUUCCUACCGCUGUCAAGUGCGCCAACUGCUCGACGAGACGCUGCGCGACUUUGACGCGCACGUCACUGCGCGCGCGAGCGGCCGCAGUCUGCUGCUGGACAAGUGGCAGUGGAAACGCCUCAAGUCGCUCGAAGGGCUCUGCAGCUAUCAGGAGCGCCACCCGACGCACCCGCAGCUCACAGAGGCACUCGCCAGCCGCCGGUCGUCGUCGUCGCUGUCUCAGUCGUCGCUCGGGUCGCUGUCGAGCUACGCGUCGGCCGCGGAGCACUUUGGGCCGCCGUCAGUGCCGACGAACGCUGUGGCGAUGGCGGCGUUCACUCCUGAGCUGACGCCGUCCGCGUCGUCGUCUUCGGCAGCGGUUCCGGGCGCGUCGUCGGUCGCGUCCGUCGCGGUCGAAGGGCAGCUCCCCGGGCCGCUGGACGACGUCAUGUACGGCCUCGCGGCGUCCGACACGGCCGCGCUGCACCUGCGCGAGAGCUACAUGCCGGACCCGGCGCUGCUCGACGCGGCGGUGCUCUGCAGCAUCGACCGCCCGAGCGCGACAACGCCGUUCCAGUGCCUCGGGAUCCACUGGCUCGUGCGCGGGGCGGCGGCGCGCAGCAAAGCGGGCGCUCGACGGCCGCGCGACUUCGUGGUCGUCGUCGCGUCCGGCGUCGUGCGCCACCGCGUGCCGGGCCGCGCGCACGCGCAAGCGGUCGGCUACGCGCUGCGGCAGUCGAUUGAGCGGUCCGAGUGCGGGACGCUCGAGGCCCGCGGCCUCACGCGCGGGUGGCUCUCGUCGUGCGCGCUGUUCACGGCCGGCGACGGGCGGUCGUCCAGCGGCCCGUACGUCGACGUCUUUGCGCGCGCCUUUGCGGACUUCAAGGGCAGCAUGCAGGACCACCAGGCAGCGUCGAAGCUGCACACGUACGUGCUCGCGGGCCUCGUGGACGCGGCGGCGUGCGGCCAGAGCAAGAAACUCGGGCGGCUGCUGGCGGCUCGAGACACGACGGCCGCUUUCGGAGCCGACCGGCCGACCGGCCGCUGUGCGAUCUGCGACCGCAAGUUCGGCGUUUUGAGCCCCGCGCUGUCGUGCGACCUCUGCCGGACGCCCGUGUGCUCGCGGUGCCGCGUGGCGCGGGACCUCAGCCUCGUCAAGCGGUCCGACGCGGCUGCCGACAGCAGCAAUCGCAAUAGCAGUAGCAGAAGGAAGCGGCGGUCGGCCGACCACGCGCCAAGUGGGUGGCUGGAGAAGCGCUCUGUGACGCUGUGCAAGAACUGUAAGGUGAACGCGAGCCACGCGGACGCGCGCGUCGUGGCCCGGCAGGAGGCGGCCGCGUGCGACGAAGAAGAGGCGGUCGACGACGACGACGAAGCCGACGCGUCGGUGGCGUGGACCCCCGGCCGCCGAUGGGACGCGUUCGGUCGGUCCAAGUCGGACGACAGCGUCACGGGCGACAGGUGGUCCGACUCGGACGAGCGCCGACAGAGCCGCUGCUCGGCGUACGAGGCGACCGCUUCCGUGCGCGGGAGCUACGACGACCGGCCGAUGUUCGAAGAGCGGACGAAGACGUCCGCGGACCUCAGGCGGUCGGACAGCGGCAAGUCGUUUGCCUCGACGCUGCCCGUGGCGGACGAUCAGGACCGCGAGGAGGCGGCCAGUCAUCGGGAGCUGGCGCGACUCGCGGGCGCGUCUCGCCCGCCGCCGCCACCGCCGCCGCCGCAUCUGUAUCUGCAGCAGCAGCAGUUGUGUUACCAGCCGCGAUACGGCGGCGAAGCGCCCGAGCUGAGCUGCACGUCCUUUUCACGUCAGUGUCGGUCGCAACUGUCGUCUUCGGGGACCGCGCCGGCCGACCUCAUGCGGCGGAUGCAGGAGCUGCAGAUGAACGCCGAGUCGGUCUAUCAGUUUACGAGCAAAAUGAACGCGAGCACGCGGUUUCGCCACGAGCCGCUGGUCGACCGACGCUCGAUUUUGUCCAUCUCGGAGCUCGAUUAA